AUGCUGUCGCUGAAGGCGUCCAGGGCGGACAACUUCUACUACGGUAGUGUGGAGGACGAGCGCAUCAAGAAGAAGAAGCAGAAGGAGGAGAAAAAAAGAAACAAAAUCAAAAAGGACUACAGCGAAAUCAAAUUUGAAGUGCCGUACACCAUUAUAUGUACGAAAUGCAAAGCGUAUGUGUACAAAGGAGAGAGGUUCAACAGUGAGAGGAGACAAAUAGGGUUCUACUUGAGUACCCCAUUUUAUUCCUUCACUUUUACGUGCAAGAAAUGCCUAAAUAUAAUUGCCUUUGAAACGAAUCCAAAGGACUGCUCGUACGAUGUCAUCCAGGGAGCCAGAAAAAAAAACGAGCAGUUCGAAAAUGUCUUAACGGAACAGGGACGCAAUAAUGUUAACUCCAUCGACUUUGAAAAAAAUAAAAAAAAAACAAACCCGUUUCUGCUGUUAGAAGUUGAGGCCCUCCGGAGGAAGGGGCGCUCCGGUGAAGAAGCCACGCACGGGAGCGAACUCCACAACGAGGAUCACUCGAAUGAGGACGACUCCCAAAACGAAGAACACAUAAACAUAAACGACGUUAUCAAGGAAAACUAUCGACGAAACCACAUUAUGAAAAAUGACUUUUUUUGCAACAGUAAUCUGAGGAAGCAAUUAAGGGACAUGAAAAAAGAAAAAAUUCAGCAGCUGGAAGAGCGCAAGCGGAAAAAUAUUUUUAUAGACAUUGUGGAAGGGGGGGACCCCCUUGAGGAGGUGGUCGUAAAGGAGUAUGUGCGCUUUGGGGAGAAGUUCAGGCGGGGCAGGGGCGCCCAGGCAGAGGGCACCCAGGCAGGAGGCGUCCGGCUGAGUGAUCACCGCAGUAAGGACCGCCAAGGGAAGGACCCCCCGAUUAAACGCAAACUUGCCAAAAGUAGCUUGAUAAAAAAAAAGAAGAGUAGCAUAUUUGACCAGAAGUACCUCAAGAAGGGGAGGUAG